AUGUCUGUCGGAAAGCAAGCAAGUUACAAAAUCAAACCAUUCAAAGGAGGCCACUAUAUUAAUUGUGACUUGAGAUAUUUUACCUUGUCCUCACUGGGUAAAUUUGAUGUAAUAUUAAUUGAUCCACCUUGGAGAGUUAUUCAGAGUAGACCACAGGAGGCCAUGAUGUUCAGUAAUACCAACUUUAAACUAAAUUAUAACACUCUCUCAUACGAGGAAAUUAUGGAUAUUAAUGUGGGAUCAUUGUGUGAUCAGGGGUUCUGUUUCAUGUGGGUUCUCAAUUCAUCUCUUCAAUUUGGACUCAAUUUACUGAAUCAUUGGGGAUUUUCCUAUAUUGACAAGAUUACCUGGAUCAAAAAGACAAAGAAUGAUCAAAUAUUUGCAGGUACAGGUUAUUAUUUCCUUCACUCAACUGAAUUACUGCUAGUUGGCGUAAAGCAUGGCUCAACAAAGAAAAAUGGGCAAAAGUUGCAAUAUAUUUCCAAAAUUACCAACGAUAUUCUCUUCUCAAAAGUUGGUAUCCAAUCCCAAAAACCAAACGAAGUAUACGAGAUUAUCGAAAGCAUGGUACCAGGAGCUAGAAAGAUUGAAAUAUUUGCAAGAAAUCACAACAUUAGAAAAGGGUGGCUGAGUAUUGGUAAUAGAUUGGGUGAAGCAUUUGAUAAGGAAAUGACAAGCUAUUCAUGUCACAAGUGUGAUAAGAAUUUAUUCUCACCUGACUUUAUGGGAACUGAUAAGAAUAUUAAGAGGUUUAAGAGCUGUAAAAAUCCAAAGGUUAAUCUCUGUGAAAAAUGUUCAUCUAAAUUUUCAGAAGAUUAUGGGCCAUAUUUUAUAUUUGAGAAUACUUGCACAGAACCAAUUUUCCACGAUUGGUAUUCUUGUGAUGUUUGUGAGAUGUAUCCUAUUUGUGGAGCUAGGUUUUCAUGUAAAGAUUGUUCAGGAGAUUUUGAUGUUUGUGAGGAUUGUUUUGAUAAGGUCAUGACAAAAGAUUCACAUGAACAUAGAUCAGAUUCAUUUACUGCAAUUGAAUAUCCAGAUCCUGGCUGUGGUUAUGCAGUUCAUGUUGAUAAGAAAUGUAGCUCUUGUCUGGCUUGUCCUAUAAUUGGUGAAAGAUUUAUGUGUACGGAGUGUAAGGAUGUUAACUUAUGUAGAAAGUGUUUCUUCCUUCAAAAAGAGCCCAAGACACACAAAUGCACUCACGAAAUUUCAAUGAUACCCGAGCCAAGACAUGCCCACCAAAAACUCAAAUGUGCUGGUUGUGGAACAGUGGGACUCCAAGCACCAAUCCACAAAUGCAAAACAUGCAUGUCUUUCAUCCUUUGUAAUAAGUGCUAUGAUGUCCAUGAAACAUGUUAUGACUCACUCAAGUUGGACAAGUUUACAACACACAAACAAUUCCACUCAUUUAUGAGAAUGAAAUAA